AAAUUUGGAAAGAGAUAAAGACAGGCGAUAGAGGGAUAAAGGCUGAUAAGGCUGCAGCAGACAACCGGUUACAGCAGAGAGAAAAGAGAGAAGAGUGAUUCUAGCUGUCUCCUCUCUGCUGCAGCUUCUCUCUGUCACUGACCGACUGAUCCAACACAGAUGAUGUCAUCAGAACACCUGACCUGUGGUUGGCUGCAGCAGCUCCUUGUCAUACUUGUGAAGCUUUGCCUCACUUUUGCUGGACCUUUGCGGCCUCUGAAUGGGACAGAAUGCACAGCCAAGAGUCCUGCUUCCUACAUCCUGGUCUUUACAGGUCACUGGAGCCCACAGGCCUUCCCCAAGCAGUAUCCACUGUUCCGGCCCCCUGCACAGUGGUCCAAACUCAUAGCGGUCAGCCAUAAUCGCCAUUUUCAACUAUGGGAGGAGAGCGCUCCAGCCAGUGCAGGGGUGCAGAACUUUGCUGAACUCGGGGUGACAGUGGAGCUCAUGAAGGAAGCCAAGGAGGCCAGGAGGAAGCGCGUGGUCGGCGCCAUGUACCGAACGGCUGGCAUCCCCAACGGCAUCGGGCACAGCUCCACAGAGAUGCUCAUGCAGCCACGGAGCUCACUGUUGUCCCUGAUGGUGAAGAUGAUCCCCAGCCCUGAUUGGUUUGUUGGUGUGAAUAGCAUAAAUCUUUGCGAGGGCAACCAGUGGAAACAAGAAGUGACCAUUGACCUCCAGCCUUACGAUGCAGGGACAGACAGUGGAUUCACUUUCUCCUCUCCAAACUUCCCCACCAGCCCCCAGGAAAACAUCACUAAGAUCACGUCUCAGAUGCCAAACCACCCGGCCAACUCCUUCUACUACCCACGCUUAAAAGAUCUUCCACCGAUCGCCAGCAUAAAGAUCACUCGACAGAGCAGAUCACCUGAGCGUCAAACCCAAAUGUCGAAUCAUAUUCUGCCGAACUCCAUCAGUCCCCAGCGCUUCUCAGCGACACCACUGGACUGUGAGGUGUCUCUCUGGUCGUCUUGGGGUUUAUGUCUGGGUCCCUGCUCAAGAGGCGGCGUUCGCCACCGCACACGUUACAUCCUCUUGCGGCCGGCCAAUGCUGGCACCCCCUGCCCUGAGCUGGAGGAGCAGGCUGAGUGUGUACCAUACAGCUGUAUGAAACUCCAGUAACCCACAGAGUGCACAAACACAAAUACUGCCAGUAUUCAACACUGGGACUUUCAUGUUGUUACUGCUGGACUGAGAAAUGUUGCUGAGCAUCUCUUUGCUGAGGACUUGUUUUUGUCUUUGCUGCAGCCAAACUGUGGAAGUUUAAGAUGUGCUGCAUUUAACGGUGAUGGUCGUUAGCUUUAGAAGAAAUACUCCUCUGGGUGUAUUACAAUGGCAGUAAAGUUUGACUCUAAAGGAGGGUUGGUCUCAAAUUGUGCCCCUUUAUUAGGAAGUUAAUCAAAAUCUCACAUGUAGCUACAGUUUUCUUGUUUAGUUUUUGAGCUCAGAAUACGACAAAGAUGGUUAAUUUCACCAUGACCGUGGCUGCGUUCCAAAUCCCAUAGUUUUUCUUUUUACUUAAAUACGUCAUACAGCUGCCCUCACAAAAUAAAUACCAUUUCAUGCAGUAUGCAUACAAUUGGGACAUACUACUUUGUCAUAAAAAUGCACCUUAAACUUUAACUGUCACAGUCUGCAGUACUCAGGCGAGACACCAAGACAUAUGUAACAUAACUUCACAGAGGAUUGUGGGUCAGAAUGGCCAGAUGAGUAUGCUGGCUUGUUGUAGGACAUCUGGGUAUUUUUAGCUACUUCAUUUGACAUAUUAUGUAUUGGGGCAUACUAAAUCUUUUUCUGCCAUACUAUAUAAUAUGGUAGUAUAGAUAUUGGAACACAGCCUACAUGAAUGGUUUUAGGGCUACUGUAAAGGUGCUGCUGUUUUCGGCUCUUUCAGGAAGUGCUGCUGUCUGUGUCUGUGAUUGAAAGUGCAGUGCUGAAGCAAAGGACUUCAUUUUUAAGGCUUAAUGCAUAACUUUUGGGGAUAAAAGUGAUUUCUAUAAAAUUUUCUAUUCAAUUCAAUUCAAUUCAAUUCAAUUCAGUUUUAUUUAUAUAGCGCCAAUUACAGUCAAAUUGUCUCAAGACGCUUUACAGAACCCAUAUGCCUGACCCCCAGAGCAAGCCAAAAGGCGACAGUGGCAAGGAAAACACCCUUUUAACAGGGAAAAAAACCUCGAGCAGAACCUGGCUCUUUAUGUGGGGGGACCCAUCUGCCUGCUGGCUGAUGCAGAAUAUAAAUGGAUCCCCUCAAAGAUCUCUACAAGACUAUUUUAUGGUUGUUUCAUUAUCUGCAGCAUUUGCAUUUGAACUGUGUGCUGACAGAGACAAACCAAAGUCACAAAUGUGCAUCUUCAAAACAUGCUCACACUCUUAUAUGUGUGUACAUGCAAACCUUCACACACAGGUCUUUGCACAUGCUGCGCGCCUUUGCAGGCGUGGAGUUUACAUAGAUAACCUAUACAUGCUUGGCAGAUAAAGACCUUUCAAAAUAACUUCACACCCCGAUUUAUGAAUAUCACCUCUCAUAAGAAACACCUAAGAGCUGACUUGAAGCUUAGAGCCAGUCCAAAGAUGAUGGCCUAUUUUAUAGCAAAAUGCAGUUUUGUUUUUGUUUGUUUUUUAUAAAUAAAGAUAAAUAUUUGUAUUAUCUCUUUUGAUAUUUCAGUCUUGAGAUUUUGUACAUACCGUAUGAUGUAUCGUAUCUUGUAUAACUCAUGUAUAAAUAUGGAGGUGUGUUUUUCAAAUAGGAAACAUCUGUGUUAUUUUGUUCCCCUACCUGUUUCUCCAGUUGGAUGGCAUUUUUUCCUCUUUGUUUCUGUAAAGGUGGCAAUGUAAAACAUUUAAAACUUUUGUGUGACCAAACAACAAUGUUGAUUUGCACUGUU